GACUCUUACAAAAUGAGUGGUCGCGGCAAGGGAGGCAAAGGACUCGGUAAAGGAGGCGCCAAGCGUCACCGUAAAGUUCUCCGUGAUAACAUCCAGGGAAUCACCAAGCCCGCCAUCCGCCGUCUGGCUCGCCGCGGCGGUGUGAAGCGUAUCUCCGGUCUCAUCUACGAGGAGACCCGCGGUGUGCUCAAGGUCUUCCUGGAGAACGUCAUCCGUGACGCCGUCACCUACACCGAGCACGCCAAGAGGAAGACGGUCACCGCCAUGGAUGUGGUGUACGCUCUCAAGAGGCAGGGCCGCACCCUGUACGGCUUCGGAGGUUAAAUCACCGCCUCAGCUCAGCUCACCUCAACACAACGGCUCUUUUAAGAGCCACACACAGCAACCAAAGAGCUCGUUUCUAUCAAUGUAAAAUUAUUUGUAUCACUUUCAAUAGAAAUAAAGGACACGUGCC